AUAAUCAAUGAGGAAUUUGUAUAAGUCAAUUGUUAUCCAUAACUCCACUUCAAUAAAUGCAACACAUGUAAUUUAUGUCUGUUGGAACAUGAACACGGGAAAGAUUUAGAUCACGACGUAGUUUGCAUAAUUAAUGUGACAUGUUACAUAACCUUUCUGAAUUUUUUUCCAGCAUGUGAUGUGGCAAGAAAUAAUGAAUCCAAAUAAUUAAGUAUAUCAUUCACAAUGUAUGUGAUGAGGCAAAAUUACUUGACAAAGGUAUGAUCUCGAGGAAAUAAUGCGAUAUGAACAAUCAGGAAAAUUCUUCUGCUCCGAAAAUCUGGUGUACAGUGUAUAUGUAAGGAAGCUUUAUGGAAUUCCAGAGGUCACUGAGGUCAAUUCUCAACUCGGCAAGCGCCGGCAGCUGGCAUAUCCCAACGGCAGGACAUCAACUUCCUGUUCUAGUACAGGAGGUCACAGGAGGUCGUGUAGCAUCUGGGAGAUGACCUUUCAGGAGUUUAUUUGGACUGAAGAUAAGACCAGCUGGCUUGAAUAUAAAGAAGGAGGGGGCAUUUGUAGAUAUCUGUGCAACAAUAGUUACCUGAACAAGAUUUCUUUGAAGAACUAUGGAUAUCACCACGGAAAGCAUCUGCCUUGUCCCACGCAAAUCUGAUUUAUUGCAGUUGUGAGCCGGACUUGUGACCUUUAACACCAACACCCGAAA